AUGGAUGUAGCACCUCCGUAUAACCGGGCUGAGAAGCACGACUCUACCACCACGGCAGCUGCAGCGACAGACGGAAAGAAGCCGCAGUCGUUUGUUGGACGACCGCCAAUGGCUUCCAUUGAGGAUGAUGACGAGAGGUUGUUGGCUCGGAUAGGAUACAAGCAGGAAUUACGAAGAGAGUUCACCAAAUGGUCGACAGUUUCCUAUGCCAUCUCCAUCCUUGGCGUUCUCGGGUCCCAACCAGCGACUUAUGGAGUACCUAUCAGUGUCGGUGGUCCAGCUACUGCAGUAUGGGCGUGGUUUGUGGGCUCAAUCAUGGCGAUGGUGAUCGCCAGCUGUGUCGCGGAGCUGGUCUCUGCAUAUCCUACAGCAGGAGGCAUGUACUUCGUGACAAAGCACGUAGUACCUGAGAAGCAUGUGGCGAUAUGGGCAUGGAUCAUCGGCUGGUGCAACUUCUUGGGUCAGGCUACUGGCGUUGCAUCACUGGCGUACACCAUCGGACAAAUGAUUUUGGCCGGUGCGAGUAUGAACUCUGGGCUUGAGGAUGGCACGUAUGCCUACUCACCGACAGCAGCUCAGACAGUCCUGGUGGCCAUCCUGGUGCUGUUCAUCUUUGGCGCCAUAUGCUCGCUGACGACACGAGCGCUGCAUCGGAUCGUGCUGUGGUUUGCGCCAAUCAACAUCUUGGCCACUAUCGCCAUCUGCAUCGCACUGCUUGUCCUCACACCCGACAAGCGAAGUGCCAAGUUCGUCUUCACUGAUAUCGAGGACUAUUCGGGUUGGGGCAGCCGUGGCUUCUCAUUCUUGCUUGGUUUCCUGAACGUGGCAUGGGUCAUGACUGACUAUGACGGCACCACGCAUAUGUCUGAAGAGACACAUGAUGCAGCCGUACGUGGUCCUUUGGCGAUCCGUCUAGCCGUUCUCGUGUCUGGAGUACUCGGAUGGUUGCUCAACAUCACUUUCACGUUCUGUCUGACACCGACGUACAUGGACGACAUUGUACACUCACCGACUGGUCUCCCUGUCGCCCAGAUCUUCCUCAAUGCUGGCGGUAGAGCAGGAGGCACCGCCAUGUUAUUCUUUGUUAUCCUCGUACAGUUCUUCACUGGAGCAUCCGCACUUCUGGCUAACGCUCGAAUGACAUAUGCUUUUGCCCGCGAUGAAGCCUUGCCAUUCUCUCGUUUCUGGAGCAAGGUCAAUACUACCACGGGCACUCCUGUAAAUGCCGUUUGGCUCGUGGUGUUCUUCUGCUGCUGUCUGAACCUGAUCGGUAUCGGCUCAACGGAGACUAUCACAGCCAUCUUCAACCUUUGUGCGCCAUGCCUCGAUCUGAGCUACAUUGCCGUUCUGUUUGCGCACCAGGUCUACGCGGACAAAGUACAGUUCAUUGAAGGUCCUUUCACGCUCGGUAAAUGGAGCAAGCCUUUGAACUACCUUGCGAUCAGCUGGGUGCUAUUCAUCAGCGUGGUGUUGUUCUUCCCAACCGCGAAGCCUGUCACAGCGACGAACAUGAACUACGCGAUUGUUGUCGCAGCCUUCGUGGGACUGUUUUCGCUCGGAUGGUGGUGGGCUGGAGCCAGACACAAAUAUACUGGUCCGAGGACACAGGAUCUUAUGCACAUUGUUGGUGAAUCCGAACCUGAUGAGUAUGCUUGA